AUGGCCGGCGCAUCCCGCCGUUCCCCCGACCGCGCCGCAUCGCGCGCAAACCCCAUGAACCCCCCGCGGCCCCCCAAUGCCUGGAUCCUCUACCGCUCCGACAAGCUCAAGCAGAUGAUGCAGUCGCAGCUGCAGCACGGCCACCCCAAGAAGCCGCAGUCGAGCGUCUCGAAGGAGGUCGCGGCGAUGUGGAAGGCAGAGGACCCCGGGGUGCGCGGCGAGUACGAGCGGCUGGCGGACGUCAAGAAGGCGGAGCACGCAGAGCAUCGCGCCCUAUCAACGUCUAUAUCCGCCUAA